UCAAAUGAGCCGUCGCAGGUGAGCGGUGAUCGGAGCAGACCGACCCGAGGGCCAGACAUGACUCCCCUGCUGCUCCUGACGCUCUGUUUUCUCGGUGCCGGCGCCGCCUCGGACGCGGAGGAGAUGAAGAGCCAGGAGCGGCUCUUCCUCAGCUCCCUGGGGCUCCCGGGGCGGCCGCGGCCCUCGGGGGGCCAGCAGCCCCGGCGCCGCGUCCCCACAGCGCUCUGGAGGAUGUUCCGGAGGACGGAGAGCAUGCAGGCCCAGGAGAGCGACCUCUGCACGGUGUCCGAGUACGGAGUCCGCGGCAACAUCAUCCGAUACGUGCAGGACCAAGGCAGGCCUGUGUCUGGCUGGAGCAGCGGCUGUCAGGCUUGUCUGGAGAAGCAGCUUUUCUUCAACAUGUCCGUCCUGCAGCCCGUGGAGCUGCUGUCUCUGGCUCAGCUGGAAGUCAAGUUCCACUGGAAGCCCCUCAGAUCCGCGGAGCUCCUGCGGGGGCCCGGCGCCGUCAGCGUGACCCUGUACAGAGUGAUCCGGGCCACGCUGAGGGGAGCCAACCCCCAGGCCAACCGCAGGCUCCUGCUGUCCCAGUCGGUCCAGCUGCAGCCCGAGCCCACCUCCAUCACCAUGGACCUCACCUCGCUGGCGGAGAGCUGGCGCAAACCGGGACGCAACUACGGUUUGGUUUUGGAGCUGCUGCCUCUCGGCGCGGACCCGGAGGAGCUCGUCUCUUUUUACCCCGGUAACUCCCUCCCGGCGGAGGCGGCCUUCGCCCUCCCCGUGAUGCAGGCCUCCCUGGUGGCGGUGUCCCUCAACCCCCACCAGUGUCGGUCCAGGCAGAGGAGGAGCGCCGUCCACCUCCCCGUGACGCCCAGCAACGUGUGCAAGGCCCGCCGCCUCUACAUCGACUUCAAAGACGUGGGCUGGCAGGACUGGAUCAUCGCCCCGCAGGGCUACAUGGCCAACUACUGCCACGGCGAGUGCCCGUUCCCGCUCAGCGAGAGCCUGAACGGCACCAACCACGCCAUCCUGCAGACCCUGGUGCACUCCCUGGACCCGCACGGGACGCCGCAGCCCUGCUGCGUCCCCAUCCGCCUGUCCCCCAUCUCCAUGCUGUACUACGACAACAACGACAACGUGGUGCUUCGGCAUUACCAGGACAUGGUGGUGGACGAGUGCGGCUGCCGAUGAGGUCAUUGAACUCAGUAGAUUUUUGUUGUUUUUUAACUUUAAGCGUCUCAAAUUGUUGUCGUCACUAGUUUGAUGUCUUUCUCCAGUAUGUGGUGUGAUUUUUAAAGAAUGUAACAUUUGUAUUUGUUGGAUCUCAGGAAAACUUUGUUUUUGCACAAAAUUAAAUAAUAAAAGCUUAUUUGUGUG